CCGUUAAUGUCCUGUGACUCACUCACACCCAACACAAAUAGGUCACUAUAUAAUAGGCUACAUAUAACUAUGCCUAACAAGGUCACUGACAUGCACUUCCACAAAGUAGAAGAAGAAGAAGAACAUACUGGAGAGAGCAGAUCAUCCUCAAGAACACCGAGAGGGCAUUUCGUGGUUUACGUUGACACAAACAAAAAGUUGGAGAGAUUUGUGAUUCCCACAAGGUUUCUGAAGAGCCCAUCUUUCCAGAAGCUUCUUGAAAAGGCUGCCGAGGAGUACGGUUACGCAGAGGCUUACCGUAACAAGAUUGUCUUGCCAUGUGAUGUCUCUAGUUUCCGAAGUCUCGACAUGUUCCUGAAUUCUCACGGCAAGGGACAUUAACCACAUGAGCCCACUACUUAUACGUAUUAGACAGCAAUCGGAGAUCUCUCACUCGGCGACAACAACACGACAAGAAGAAAAGAGAAUGACGCAGUUUAACCUAAAAGAAGCAUCUCGUACUUCUUCUUCUGACAACAACACGACAACAAGAUGUCUAGACAAUGGGCCUAAGUUGAAGCCCACCAAACGAGUCUGGAAAUGCAAAACGUCCAAGCCCACCAAAGCUCCUGAGUCCAUUAAGGAUCCAAGCCCAUCUGUAAAAGAGGAAGAAGAUAAGAAGAAGGAAGCUUCUGGAAAGUUCUCUAAGA